GGCUAAUGGUGAAACAAAUGCUGACAUCAAUUGGGAUGAGCUUGGAUUUAGUGUACUUCCCACAGAUUACAUGUAUGUCAUGAAAUGCGCAAAAGGAGAUAAGUUUUCAGAAGGAACCCUCACUCGCUAUGGAAACAUAGAGCUUAGUCCUUUUGCUGGGAUCUUAAAUUAUGGACAGGGAAUCUUUGAGGGGCUAAAAGCAUAUAGAACUGAAGAUGGACGUGUACUUGUGUUUCGACCAGAGGAGAAUGCUCUACGCAUGAAGGCAGGUGCUGAUAGAUUGUGUAUGCCAUCCCCAUCAAUUGACCAAUUCGUUAAUGCUGUAAAGCAGAUAGUUCUUGCCAACAAACGUUGGGUGCCUCCUCCAGGGAAAGGGUCACUAUAUAUUAGGCCGUUGCUCAUGGGAACAGGAGCUUUGUUAGGCUUGGCACCAGCACCUGAGUACACAUUUCUUGUUUAUUGUUGCCCUGUCAGUUGCUACUACAAGAAGGAUAUUGGUCCACUGAACUUAAAAGUUGAGGAUAAACUCUAUCGAGCAAUAUCUGGCCAUGGUGGAACCGGAGGGAUCAAGAGUGUUACCAAUUAUGCCCCAGUUUAUACUGCAACCACCGCAGCAAAGGCUAAUGGAUUCUCUGAUGUCUUGUUCUUGGACUCAGCAACUGGAAAAAAUGUAGAGGAGGCUUCUUCAUGCAAUGUAUUUGUUGUCAAGGGCAAUGCUAUCUUCACCCCGGAAUUAGAUGGAACCAUCUUGCCUGGGAUCACACGAAAAACCAUCAUUGAGAUUGCCAUUGAUUUGGGUUAUCAGGUCAUGGAACGUGCCAUACCAGUGGAGAAAAUGCUAGGUGCUGAUGAAGUGUUCUGCACAGGAACUGCAGUGGUUGUUAACUCUGUUGCAUCUGUAACCUAUAAUGACACUAGAACUGAAUUCAAAACAGGACCAGAAACAUUGUGUGAAAAACUGCGCAAAACACUGGUUGGAAUUCAAACUGGGAGUAUUGAGGACAGAAAGAAAUGGACAGUCCAAGUAAACUGAGCAAUGA